AUGGCAGAAGCACCAAAAAAGGGUCGUUUGACUCUCUAUGAGGACUUGCUGAGUGAGGAGACAAGAGCGGAAAUAGCAGCAAAGGACGCGCAGUCACAGGCGGAGGAGGCUAAGAAGAAGAAAGACGGUAACGAGACAUGAGCGCACUCGGGAUGAUGGCAGACUUGCUCACUUGACCCGCAAAGCUUCUAUCUUGUUCAAGCCGACACACCUGGGGAAGAAGACCAACAAGGUUCCUGCGAAGCCCAAGGCAACCUUCGCCUCGGCGCAUAAGUUCUCUUCCAGCACCUCGACCACCGCCGCGCCUCUGCCGACUGCCACUUCGCCCGAAACUCAGCACACGUCCAUUUCGAGCACCCCGCAACAACCGCAGGCGCCAUCGCAAACAGCACAGAAACGCGGCUUCGAUGACUGGCUGGCUAACGAGGAGGACGAAUGGAACUACUACGCGCACAAGCCCGACCGUGGUGUAUCUCGCAAGAAGAAAAAGAGGGGCAAGCAAACUCAGGAACAAUCUUGGUCUUGGGGCGACGUCUACGAUCCGCACACACCAGUCAGCUUUCUCGACUAUCCCAAGUCUGAGGUACAGUUUGACAUCAACGAACAGUGGAAAGAAAGAUUGUAUAGCGCACGCAAGAGGGAGAGGCAGAGGCAAGGGAAAGAGGCAAAGCGAUCGGACAGUGAUGACCCUGCAUCAAGAAACCGUAAGAUGCUCCAUGUGCGAAUUGGAAUGCAGCUGACUGGGACAGGUCAACCCCCGAACAUGGAGUUUGCACCUCCUGGAAGCCUUCAUUUUGCUCCUCCUGCGGAAUGCAGCUCAGAUGCGGCUUCAAGACCGCAGUCUACCGGAACGUCCUCACCAUAUCCCGCUCGAGACCACCCAAGUGAGACCGGGGAGGAAGCGUUCAACCGCCCAAUGGCAAUGAGCAUGACUCCAGCUGUCCCAGUAGCGCCCUCUCCGCCUGUGCCGGCCCAAAUACCCCCGGUAUCUGCAUCACCCGCUUCAGCAGCGAAGGACGAGGCUCAAGCCAGAGCAGCAGCCCAGAUUGCAGCGUUCAAAGCGAAAUUGGCUGCCCAGCAAGCGCAGAAGGCCGCAGGAGCAACUCCGCCUGUCGCUGCCGCACCUGAACCACAAGUUCCCUCGCCUGCAUCUGGGUCGAAUCUCACAGAAGAUAUUCCGCCUCCACCGCCGCCCGAAAGCCAGCAUCCUGCAGCGGCAUCCGCUCAAUCAGUAGUCGUAUCAGCAGCGCCGACGUAUAACCCAGAGUAUGCCAGAAUGAAAGCUCAGCAGGAGGCUGUGGAUGCGCAGGAGCCAGAGCAACAAGACAAGCCGGCAGACGUGGAUGCUCCACGUUCAAACAGACCUGGUCAACUGGGCUUUGCCGAGAAAUAUAUGAAGAAGCACGGGCAUCAGCAAGGUCAAGGGCUUGGUGCUCAAGCCGAUGGUAUUAUCACGCCAAUCAUGUUACAGCAAAACAAGAGGAAGAAACGCCCAGAUGCUGAAGGCGGUGGAUUCGCUGCUCCCGCAACUGGUCGCAUUGUCGGUGGAAAGAGGGCAAAGACAGCUGCGCAUUCGGGCGAUGGCGAGGGAGAUGCAGAGGCUGCGCAGACAAAGAUGUCAGAGGUCGUGAAGAUUGAAGACAUGCUCGCAAAUCUGGAUGUCGACCAGGAAAUCCAGAACAACGACCUGCUGCAAGAGAUUGGCGAGGAGAUGGGCACGUAUGGAACGGUGGAAAGACUUUUCAUCUGGAGGCAGCACGCCGGAGGGAAUGAUGAUGUUUUCGUGAAAUAUACCAGCCCGCUGAGCGCCUUGAACGCCAUCAAGGCAUGCGACGGGCAAGAAUUUGCGGACAAUGUGAUGAAGGCUAGAUUCUGGGAUGUGGAAAAGUUCGAGCAGGGAGAGUACGCAUAG